CGCCACGUGUCAUGUGUCAUUUUCCUCGACAAAAUUCCCGUUCUCUUACUGAAGUGUAUCCGACAUUUCAUAAACAAAGGAUAUAAAUAAAGUUUUUAUACAUAAUUUUAAAUAUAAUAAAAUAAUUAAAAAAUGACGGAUGAAUCAAACGGAGAAUCAACAUUUGAAUUUGUAGAAAAACGUCUUGAUGAUGUAUCAAUAUCUGGUGAUACCACGAAAACUGAUUCAACGAGCAGUUUGUCAUCAUCUGUUUCGUUAAUAACAUCUUUAGGUGGAUCGUCAUCAGCAGGAAAUCUUUUGUCGAAUGUCGCACCACCAUCUGCACUGCCUAGUUUUAUUGCCAAUCAACAAUUGCCAUUGAAUACGCCAAAAGAAACUGAACAGACUGUCGUUAAAAGCGAAAAUGUUGAAAAAACUGGAGAAACUUCAAGUGAUUUUGGAGUACAAACAAAGCAACCGCAAGCACAAGGUCAACCAACUCAAGAUGAAUCUCCAGAGCCAUUUGAAUCUGUACACAUAGCGGACAAUCAAUCACAAGAUAUUGGAAAUGUUGGUGGAAUAUUAUUUUCGUGGGUUAAAGAUAAUGUUGUUAAUAGCAAUGUGCUUAGCAAAGUUGCGGAAAAAGCCAAAAACAGCGUUAAUUCAAUGAUAACUACUUUGGAUCCACAGAUGCGUGAGUUUAUUUAUUCAGGUGGUGAUGUCGAAAUCGUUGUUGCAUCUAAUAAGGAAGUCAAAGUCAGCGCUAUUCGUGAAGCUUUUCAAGGGGUAUUUGGGAAAGCUACGAUUACAGGUGUGACGGUUGAUACAUCAGCGAUUCCUGCCCAGCCAGUUGGCUUCGCCUCUGGAGUUAAUGGAGCAAAACAUCGUAUUAAAUACGCACGCAAUGCUCUUGAUAUUCCAAAAGACAUUCCAAUUAUUGCAGUCCAAAGUUUUUUGGUUGAAAUCGGCGAAGAUAAAUGGUAUGAGUUGGCUGUUAUACUUUUGGAUGACCCGAAAAAUAGUGUGAGUCUACAGAUGUUCACUCAAAUGAUACCUGUACCAAGUCAAUUUGUAACAACUGCUCAAGAAUCAACACCUGAUACGUAUCCUCUGAAGCCGUUAGGUUUCGCUGUACCAAUUGGAAAUUUAAUGUCUACUAAUUUACAGGUUCAUUUCAAUGAAUGGCAUCAUGCCCUUACUGGUGUAUCCCGCAGAGAUACUAUUCUUCUUGCAGCCCAAUCAUUAGCUGGCAUUUACAAAAAUACAAUUACUACAGUGUAAUUGUAUCAGUAGAAGAUCGCCAACGAUAUGAUGAUAAUCUCAACGACCGAAAUAUUUUAUAAUUAUUUGUACAUAUCUUCUGAUAAUUUAAUUAUUUGUUUAAAUUGGAAUAAGAAAAAUAAAUAAAAAAUUAAUUAAAGUAAAUCAAGUUACACUGAAAAUAUUGGAGUGACUCUGCUGGAGCGUUUAUAAAUAUGUUGGUUUAUUUAAAAUAUAUUGAUUAUAGUUAUUUAUAUAUUGACUGCAUAAUUGAAUUGUCAAAUUUAAUUGUAUACAAUUAAGCAGUAUUUAUAAAAACAUAAAAGAAAAAGAUUUAUAUAGUAUCAGCAUUUAAAUAUAUUUUCAUUAAUCAAAUAUUGUUAUUUAUUUAAAUCCUUAUUAACAUUCUCAGACAAUACCGCCCACUUUUUUCAAAUUUUCAAUUACUAACUGACAUAAUGGUGCCAAAAUUUUCUUCAUGAAUUGAAACAAUAAUUGGAAAAAGGGUAACAAAGUUACAAUUUGGCAGAGAUGUAAAUUUAAAAAAAAUUACUUCCAGUUGUUAAUUAAAAGUAAAUUUUAUAAAUCAAAUUUCCAAAUUUCGUAGGCUAAAAUUUAUUCAACUUUUAUUGAAUUUUCAAGUAAGGUAAAAGCCUCUAUACCCGCUCAGUACCAUUCGUCACUCACUUUGACUGUUUGAGGCGUUUUUUUAUAAUUUUUAUAAAAAAAAAUUACAACUAAAAAUAUUAUUAUUGAUAAAUAAUUAUUUGUGAAUCUAAAUAUAGUAAAAUAUCAUGUAUCAAAUUAUUUUAUAAUAGAUUAUAAAUUUGAAUUAAAUGACUGUUUUCAAAAUCGCGCUCAGCCGGGCAUUUUUUACUUUAACGUUCAUUCGUUAGAUUAGGUCAAAUUUUUUAAGAAUUGUUAUAACUAUUUCUUAUUAAAUACAUUUUUAAAAUUCAUGAAAUUUUAUAUUAUGAAAGAAUAAAGUAGUAUAAUUUAUAAAUUAUUUGUCCAAAUCAAUAAACUUAUGAUAGUUUAAUUGAUAUUGUCUUUGAGCGACUAUAGGGCUAUGUGUUGAUCGAGUAAUGGUACAUGACAACUUUUAGUGAGCGACAAUGGGUGCACUCAAGGACCUUAUUUAAAAAAUUAAUAAUAAUUAAUUAUCAAGAUUAUUCUUCAAACUAAAAUUUUAUUCUAAUACUCGAAACUUCAAAAAAUAAUUAUAAAAAAAAAUAUGGUUUUUCAUUUUAUUUAUUAAUUUAUGUUGAGUGAUUUAUAAUCUCACUUCAAUGAAAAGUGAGCGGGUAUAAGGGCUUUUAGUUUAGCUUUAAUUAGUUAAAAGUAAUUGAAUAUUUUUAAAAAGCGGGGGAGAACUGUCUGAGAAUGUCCUUAAUUAAUUAUUGAAAUUUGAAUAUGAAAGGGUUUAAAAAAAGUUAAGCAAAAAAUUUUGUUGUUCUUUAUAAGAUCUUUAUAUUUGUCGUAUUUGCUUACGCCUUUAACAUGAAUACAUUUAUCGUAUUUCUCUUUUUAAAUCUCAUCUCAUUCGUUCAGUCGUUUGAAAAAAUAAAGAAAGAAAAAAAGUUCAUUACGAAAAUUAAUAAUGUAAGCUGAAUUAUAAAAAAAGUUAUGUAAAAAAUUACAGGAUUUAUAUUAUAGAAUUCAUUAGUGGCUACAAUUAUUUUUUUUUAUAUUGUUAUUUAUUUUUUUCAGCGAAGAUAAUCCUGUAAUACUUUUUGUUAAAUUUAUCGUUCCAAUUCUUCGCAUCGUUUUAAAAUCUCAACAAAC